UUAAGCAGAACUUUUCCUCUGGUUUCUUAGCGACCAGCCCCGGCCAGCCGGCCCUCUCGCCCCGCUUCGCGCAUGCGCAAAAUGCCGGCGGGGAAGGGGGCGUCUUCGUCCCGGCGCUCUGGCGUCCAAGGGCCGGCCAGGACCGCGACUGGCGGUGGGAAGCUGGGAACUGGAGCCUCGGGUGAAGAUGGAGAAAAGAACGAGCUGUACCAGGGUAAGCAUGGAGUAGACAAGAGAGUUGGAUUUCAUCAGGCUUUGUGACUUUGCAAGAUGAUGAUUCAUGGUGAUGGCUUGCAGGGUCAUAAAUAAAAGAAGGCAUGUGGGACUUCAGCAACUUUCAUCAUUUUCAGGAACAGGAAGAACCUUCCUAGGCCCAGUAAAAUCAUCUAAAUUUAUUGUUGAUGAAGAGCGUCAUGAAAGUAUAUUAAUCAGUUCAGUAGUAAGACUUCUUGAAAGUUUGGAUUUAACCAGUGCAGUGGGACAGCUUCUCAAUGAAGCAGUUCAAACACAAAAUAACACCUAUAAAACUGGAACCAGUACCCUUUUGUUUCUUGUCGGUGCAUGGAGCAGUGCCGCUGAAGAAUGUCUUCAUUUGGGUGUCCCCAUUUCAUUAAUAGUGUCUGUAAUGUCAGAAGGCUUGAACUCUUGCAUUGAAGAGGUAGUUUCCCUUCAAGUAUAUAUCCACAAUAUAUUUGACCAUAUAGACAGCACAAAGACAUUUUCUGGACUUGAAACAUGUGGUGUCAGUUUGUGUCCUUUUCUACAGAUCCCUUCAGAUACUGGUUUACAGAAGGCGCAUGAUCUCAAGGAUGUUGCCUCUCCAUCAUUGACCAUUUACAACUUUUCUGGGAUACCUGUUAGAUCACCUAAACUCUUUAGACCUCAGGCUGAAGAUGAAGCAAAUAAAAACACAUUACAGAAUCCUCAAACUCUGAAAAAGAGUCUGCUCGCCGACAGCCGCUGUAGAAAGUCAAUACUAAUCCACAGUAGGCAUUUUAAUAGGACAGAUAGUAAUCGGUGGAUAAACAAACCAGAGGGAUUUCUAGAACAACAUGGUGCAGCUACUCCCCGUACUUACAGAUGUAAUGAUUUGGUAGAGUUGGAGAUGGGUUUGAGUCAUGGAGAUCACAACAGCAUGAAAUUAGUAGAUGCAGCAGUUCGACUACAAUUUCAGAAUGCAAGUGUGCAACAAGGCAACUGUACAAUACCAUUUAUGUUCGACAUUUCAAGAAUCUUCACUUGCUGUUUACCUGGUGUACCUGAAACUUUUUCUUGUGUCUGCCCAGGAUAUAUCACUGUUGUAUCAAUAUCUAAUACUACUCUGAUCAAGGAAUUGCAGAAUCAGCCUGUCCAGAUUAUUCUCAUUGAGGGUGACCUCACAGAGAAUUAUCGCCACCUGGGAUUUAAUAAGGCUGCAAAUAUUAACACGCUAUUAGAAAGCAUGAAGGUUCAACAAGACAGCUCAGAAGAACAAUGGACAGAUUAUGUAUUACAGGUAUUAAUCAAGUUCAAUGUGAACCUUGUCCUGGUACAAGGAAAUGUGUCUGAAGAUUUAAUUGAAAAGUGCAUGCACAGUAAGCGGUUGGUAAUUGGCUCAGUGAACAGCAGUGUGAUGCAGGCUUUCGCGGAAGCUUCAGGAGCAGUACAGGUGGCCUACAUUACACAAGUGAAUGAAAACUGUGUGGGCAGUGGGGUCUGUGUGACCUUCUGGAGAAGUAUUCCCUCAGAUGUCAUAGAUAGGAUCAACAUACUGACAAUCUUGAUAAAAACAGAAGGAAUUAAUUUGGUUACCGUAGUGCUCACUAGCCCACUCCCUGCACAGAUGCAAGCCAGAGAAGACAGGUUCUGGACUUGUGCCUAUCGUCUGUAUUAUGCUCUAAGAGAGCAAAAGGUCUUUCUUGGAGGUGGCGCAGUUGAAUUUUUGUGUCUUAGCCAUCUUCAAAUUCUUGCAGAGCAAUCACUGAGUAAAAGAAACCACGUCUGUUCAGGAUGGCUUCAUAAUACUUCCUCUUGGCUGGCCUCCUCUCUGGCACUAUACAGAUCAACUGUGCUGAAAUGCCUGGCAAAUGGAUGGCACAAAUACCUUUCAGCUCUCAUGUAUAACACUGCCAAUUGCUCAUCAGAAUUGGGAGCCAGCACAGUCAUUCAACAACAUCUACAAAGUGCCACAGACUCUGGCUCUCCUUCAUCUUACAUCUUGAAUGAAUACAGUAAACUAAAUAGUGGAAUUUUUAAUUCAGGCAUUUCAAAUAAACUGGAACAGAUUCCAAGCAUUUAUGACAUUGUUACACCAAAGACUGAGGCGUGGCGCCGAGCUUUGGAUUUAGUGCUUUUGGUACUUCAGACAGACAGUGAAAUUAUUACUGGACUUGGACACACACAGACAAAUUCACAGGAAACAGAGGGCUUUUUAUUUUUGUAGUGUUAUUGGCUAAGUCUUUGGAAAAUAAUCUUUUAUAAUGUAUCUUGCUAAUAAUAAAUUUCCUAGUAGCCAAGUCAUAGUGCCUAAAAUGCCAGCUAUUACCAAGAAGAAAAUUACUGAUGUCUGUCAACAACUGCAGGGUCUGAGAUUUCACCAGACUUACAGGCUAACAGGUGAGCCUGUUACUAUUUCAUGGGAUGCUACAGGAUACAUGAGACACCUGGGCCAGAGACAAAGCACUUUUAUUAUUCACAAGUAAAAGUGGUAUCCAGGGCUUCCUGUUGGUUUGUAUCAGUGAUGGAAGCCAGCACACACACAGUGAUGGAACCCACACACAGUGGGUUGUGUUAUAGAAAAGGAACACUGAAUAUGGGACUUCCACUGCUUUUAUAGUCAACAGAAACAAUCCUGUUCUGUGUCCAGGGGGAGUUGUUACCUCAUGCCUCAAGGUUGUUCAGUGUAAAUACAAGCCAGAGACAUGGACUGGGUAAAGAUAGGUCAGGUCCUUGUAUUCAUGGCAUACCCAGAAAUAUGCAGUGUCACUCAGAGCCCAUAAUGGAUGGCCUCUUCCAAAUACUCACUCCUUAACCUGACGUGCUCUUGGCCAAACUUGAAUUUUCAUGUAAGAAUGCCACUCUCUUGGCUAGUCCAAUUAAUCUGACAGGUUGUUUAGUCAAUACCAAAUCUAUUUAAUUAGUUUCAUAUAGCAGUUAAUUAAGGCUACUGUCAGACUCUGAGCAGCAGGAUGAAACUGGUCUGUAGUAUUGAUCUCAGUGAUGCCCCCUAGGGUCUUGAAUUUAGUCAAUUUUAAAUUCCAAGGGAGGGAUGUCUUUUUAUUAGCAUGAAUGUACUGUAAGACCAAUGUGUCAUACAUUAUGACCCAUGCCAGGAAGCUUUGACUGAGUUGUUAAUCUUCAAUGUCACUGACAAAAUUACAGGAGGUAAUAGAUGGCCAAAACACAUCCCCAAUCCCUAAUGGAGAGACCUACUGUGGCCCAUUUUCCCCACAUACAAGCACAUCCCAACAGGGCGAGGUCACUGUACUUAAAGAUUUGUUGUGAAACCUAAUUUGAAUAACCAUUAUGUGAUUUGAUUAAGUCACAUAGGUAGUGUCACUCAGUGGUUGCAGCCUUAUUGCUAUACACGGUGAAAUCCAAGGCUACUCAAACAUUAAUAGAAGUAUAAAAUCAGUCAGAUUGAAACUAGGUUGUCCUGGUUCCUGUGUUUGUACAUUUUCACAUCUAGAAGCUGCCAUUGAUAGCAUUAUGAACUGCCUCCAAUACUGAAUAAGAGUCUUAUUAAGGAGACAACUUUUGUUUGUUUGGCUCUCAGAGGAAUUAAGUGCUAUUACUCUGUCUAAAUAAUCUUGAGAAACUACUUGGCAAACAAAGUUCUGAAUUUUGUUCAGGUUUAUCAGCCACUUUUACUGGUAGAAGAAGAUAAUAGCCACAGUCAGAGCUACUGAUCAUUGACACAGGCUUCUAACUUAACCACAAGAACCAUCAUCUAUCUAGUGAACAUUUGGGACAUCAGAACAUUGAGGCACUCACACUAAAUCCCAACCUGCCAAAGGAUUAGGGUAGGUUAGGGCGUGGUAGUAGAUGGCAGGACGUUUGUCUCAUUUCUCUACAUGCAGUAAUACCCUGAAUGGGAAAAUGUCCUCUGGCACUUUAUGACCAUUUGUAAUAUAAGCAUGUUAUAUAUUUUCACACAAAUUUAUUCUAAUCUUAGUUUGGACUUUAGUCACUUUUUCCCCCUAUGGGAACAUGGACAAAGAAGUUUAACACUGGCACAUUAGGGUCUUUAACAGUUGCCAAGAGAUUGUUAUCCCCCUGCAUCCAAGGAGGCUCUUUUUUUCUUUCUUGGCCCUUGUCUUCAGUGUUGAUGUCAACUUCUUUCCUGGGCACUUCCCAGUAUCUGGGGAACACCCAAACUGGGGAUCUUUCUUUUUGCCCUCCAUAUAGCACUGUACCUCCUCAGUGUCCUACAGCCCUUGGUACCUUUGACCACCCUAUGCCUAAUACCAAUUUCCCCUAGAAUGGGAACUUGGGCACCUGUAUCUAACAGAGCCACUUUCUUCCCCCAAGUUUCCCCACCACACUUGGCUUUUUCCUUAAAGCAGCUAAGGUCAGGGUGAAGGAGUUACCAAGAAGUGCAGAGGGAGAGAAUGGUUCUGUGCCAGUAAGCAAUGCUUUGCAUUUAAUUUUGGUUUUGAUCAGCUGCCCAACUUGUGCUCAACAAACCUACAAUUUUGAUCUGCUCAAAGUUUUAGUUACUCAUUGCUGGCAGCAUUUGUUUCCGCUUUGAGGACCCCUUGACUUAGCAGCCACAGCCAAAUUUCUUCUUGGCUAGAGCCGUGGGGGAUGCUGCCUUAUUAUAUUAAUAUUGUUUCUUUUCCCACCCUGAGGCGAGGGAACAACAACCAAUACAUGAUUUGACUGGUUUGUUUUAAUCUUACUUCACACUGCUUAUCCUCCAAACAUAAUUUAAGAGUGGGGGUACAGUGUGACAGUGGGAACUUAUAUUUCCCUUCCCCUUUCCAACUACUUAGGUGAAAACAUUUACUCUUGGAUCUCAGGAAGACUUAUCUCUCUCAACCCAGCCCAUUGGGUCCCUCAUCUUUUCCAGGAAACCAUGGCUUUCUCAGCCAAAACUGUCAAGAACUGGCAGGGUCUGAGAUUUUGCCCUGUUUACAAGCUAACAACUAAAAUUCCAUGGGAUACUGGCAGGAGACAUGAGACUUCUGGGUUGGAAACAAAUGGUUGUAUAGUAGGCAGAGCUUCAUGUUGAUCCUCUGUCUUUCCAAGUCCCACAGGGGUACCAUAAAAGCCCAUGAUGAAUGCCUGCAUAUACAAUGUGUUGUGUUAUAGGAGAGGAACACCUAACUUAGGCAAUUCACAACUUUUACAGUAAGCAGAAAUAAGCCUGUUCUUUGUCUGGAGUGAGAUAUUCAUCAUUGAAGGUGACUCACUGGAAACACAUCCCUGAGAAAUGACCUGGAAAAAGAGAGCUCAACAAACAAAACAAAAAACAAAACCAAGAGAGCUCAAACUCAGCAAGAAAGUGCAGGGAUGCUGAGAGCCCAUCGCAGAGCUCUAUUGCUACUUAGCCAUAAAUCGAACAUUGUAAGAACCAAAUUAUGCGUGGAGUUGAACAUUAGAAGAGCUCUGGGGAAAUAAUAUAGUAAUUAAAUUAUUAAUUACCUACCAUGUUCCAGGCACUAUUCUAAAUUCUUUACAUAUUGUAUUAAUUUGGUAGGGUUGGCAUAACAAAAUAGCACACAUUAGGAGGCUUAAACAACAGAAAUUUAUUAUCUCCCAAAUCGGGGGACUAGAAGUCUGAGAUCAAGGUGUGGGCAGAGUUGGUUUCCUCCGAGGCCUCUCUCCUUCACUUGUAGAUGGAUGUCUUCUC